AUGGUCAGAUCCAAUGUCCUCCUGCCAUGGAGGAGGGUGACUGCUCAAGCUGCUCAACCGAGAGCGACCAUGCACCAUCGGAUGGUGCACCAGCAAAGACAUUUUACGGCGACUGCUCAAUUCCAUGCAAGUGAGAAAUCGCAAUCAUUUAAAAAGCAACUCUAUGAAAGUACACAGCAACGGUUGAAGAGGGAGCGCGCAGAACAGGAACGAUUUGCCCAGUAUCAGACCCAGUCCCCUGGAGGCCGCUAUGCAGCUUUGACAUUUGCCUUAAUUUUCUUCUCCACGGGUGCCUACUAUCUCGGAUCCUUAAAGCCUGCCAGUCUACCAACCUCGUCAACCACACCCCUCUCCGAACUCGAGCCGCCGCGUCACGACAUCUCACCAUCAAACCUUCAGGCUGCUUGGGCGGACUUUGUUGAGAUCCUAGGGAAAGAGAAUGUCUCCACUGAGCACGGUGACCUCGAUGGACAUUCCGGGUCGGAUUGGUCGUCAUACACAUUGAAGAAAGACGAACGACCAUUUCUAGUCCUGUAUCCAUCGACUACGGAAGAGGUUUCUCGGAUUAUGAAGGUCUGCCAUCAACGCGUGAUCCCAGUGACCCCUUAUUCCGGUGGUACGAGUCUAGAAGGCCAUUUUGCUCCCACGAGAGGAGGAGUUUGCAUAGAUUUUCGCCGCAUGGAUUGCAUUUUAGCCCUUCACAAGGAAGACCUUGACGUGGUUGUGCAGCCUGCCGUGGGAUGGGAAGAGCUGAACGAAGAACUCUCGAAAGAUGGCCUUUUCUUCCCACCUGACCCAGGCCCAGGUGCUAUGAUUGGGGGAAUGGUGGGUACUGGUUGCUCAGGGACUAAUGCCUAUCGCUAUGGGACAAUGCGGGAAUGGGUUCUUUCAUUGACUGUCGUCCUUGCCGACGGGACUAUUAUCAAAACAAGACAGCGUCCGAGAAAGUCAAGCGCUGGCUACGACCUCACUAGAUUGUUCAUCGGGAGUGAAGGCACACUGGGGCUCGUGACGGAAGCCACAUUGAAACUGACGGUCAAGCCCAAGAGUCAAAGUGUCGCUGUUGCUAGCUUCCCCACCAUCCAAAACGCUGCCGAGUGCGUCACACGCGUAGUCGAGGAAGGCAUUCCAGUAGCAGGAGUCGAGAUUCUCGAUGACGUCCAAAUGAAGUGCAUCAAUGACAGUCAUACUACCCGUCGGCAAUGGCACGAGGCGCCUACUUUGUUUUUCAAGUUUACUGGAACCCCUGCUGGAGUCAAGGAACAGAUCAGUAUGGUUCAAAAGAUUGUUUCCAGCAGUGCUGGGAAGUCUUUCGAAUUUGCUCGAGGGGAAGAUGAAAUGAAAGAACUCUGGAGUGCACGAAAGGAAGCGCUUUGGAGUGUGAUGGCUAUGAGACGAGGCCCUGAAGACCAUGUGUGGACCACAGAUGUGGCGGUACCUAUGAGCAAGUUGCCCAGUAUCAUUGAGGCAACCAAACAGGACAUGACACGAAGCGGUUUGUUGGCUGGCAUCUGUGGACAUGUGGGUGAUGGCAACUUCCAUGCUAUUAUUCUGUUCAAUGAGGACGAAAGACAGACUGCGAAGGCCGUUGUACAUCGGAUGGUGAAGAGGGCAGUCGAAAUGGAGGGCACCGUGACGGGCGAACAUGGAGUUGGUCUUAUCAAGCGAGACUACCUGGAGCAUGAGGUUGGGGAAUCUACGGUGGACGCCAUGCGACGAUUAAAAUUGGCCCUGGACCCUCUUCGGUUACUCAAUUGCGACAAAGUUGUUCGAGUGGAGCAACCUAGGCCUGGGGAGCUCUCAAAGUGGUGA